AUGUCUAGUUUGUUUACUGAUGGAGAUAGAAAUCCAAAAUUUUACUUUUCUCGUUCUGCCCCUUACCGAAUAUACUUCCCCCCCGCUCUACGAGAAUAUUAUGACAAAGGUAAAGAAACAAAAGAUGAUAAAUUUGGAGACAAAUUAUUUAUGCUAGAAGAAGAGGAAGAGUUGAUUCUAUCAGAUGAAAUUAAGGGAACAGGCAAAACAGCUACCAUGAAAAAUGUCUGCAUCAAAGCCAAUAUGUAUCCUUUAGUAGAAAUCAAAGGUUCUAAUUUAACUCCAACUGAAUCAGAUCAGUCAGCUGAGAUAUUACCUUUACAGAAAUUUGCUUACACUCUUAGCGAAUUAGAGUGGAAUUUGGUUAAAGAGUGCGGUUUCGAAAGAGAAGAAAAUGGAGAAGUUAGAUACAUACUUUUCGUGGAUGAGGCUAAUCAGAUUAGUAAUAAUUCUGGCUUCUUUCAACCUAACCAAUUACGCUUUUUAAAAGACUGCAUGGAAGGAAUAGACAAAAAAGAAGUAAACUUGUUUAUCGAAAAUAAUCCUGAUGCUCAAACAGAAACGGAAGAUGAUGAAACAGAUGAGGAUGGUAAUCCGACUGGUAAUAAAGUAAAGUUAGAUAUUGAAAUAGGUGAAUUUUUGGAGUUCUUUUGGGCUGUAAAGAAGAGAAAUAUAAUGUCUUAUGACGGUAGUUUUGAGAGUAUUAAAAAAGAGACUAUAGAAAGAGUGCUAGAUACUCGUUUAAGAGGCACUGCAGCUGGUUUUCUGAUUGGUGAUAAAGCAGAUAAGGAAAGUGCCGAAAGAGAAAAACUGCUGAUGCAAAACCAACAGUAUAAAGAUGCUAAGCAUGAAUUGGAUACACAAAUAAACAAUAACAAUCAAACACAAAAUCAAAUAAACGAUAUUGUGGGGAAAAUAAAUGGCGUUAUCCCAAAAAAACCACAUGAAACUGAUGAAUACUUAAAUACUCAGUUAGCGAUACUAACAAGCAACCUCAGAAAUGGUGAAAGUAGAUUAGAUAAACUAAGAAGUGAAUUAGAUAAGUUAAGAAAAAGUUUAGGAGGCAACAGCAAUUUAAUGAGUUUACUAGGAUUAGACAAAUUAUCUUUCACUGACAAAGUAAUGAUUGUAGCGGCAAUAGUAUUGUUGGUUUGGUUAUUGAAAGGUUAG